UUUGACAGCUGCGAGCCGCGAGCCACUGGCAUUGUAACUUUUUCAUAGCGCUCAGCUGUUCCUACGUCACUGGUUGACAGCUGAGAGGUACAACAAGCAAGAUGGCGUCAUAAAGAGAUGGACAAAGGGGCUCUGCGCAGAAAAGAAAGGAAUUAACAUUUAUAGCUGCCACUGCAGACAUUUAGUGGAAUUAUUUAAGUUAUUACGAGUGUUGACUUGCAGUGAAGAAAUGUUAGAGCUCGAUGUGGUGCCUGAAAGGUCUUUGGGGUGUGAACAAUGGGAGUUUAUUUUAGGAAUGCAUUUUUCUCAAGCAGUUGCAAUAAUUCAGUCACAAGUGGGGAUCAUAAAAGGCGUACAAGUUUUGUACAGUGAUAUGAAUCCCCUGGCGGCUGACCUGGUGAUCAAUUUACCCCAGGACGGGAUUCGGUUGAUAUUUGACCCAGUUGUACAGAGGCUGAAGAUUAUAGAAAUUUACAAUGUCAAGCUUGUGAAGCUGAAAUACUGCGGCCUGGCGUUCAGCUCCCCCGAGGUGGUGCCCAGCAUCGAGCAGAUCGAGCACUCGUUCGGGGCCACCCACCCGGGCGUGUACGACUCGGAGAAGCAGCUGUUCGUGCUCAACUUCCGAGGGCUGUCGUUCUGCUUCCCCGUCGAGUCUAAGUUCCAGGUUCAUCAGAUGCAGAGGCAGAUCCAGAGGGGGGGAUGUUCGCGGGGGCAGGUGCCUCUGCCUCCCCCCAGGAGGGUAAAACAUGCACUGGAUGAAAUUACUUCUGAACCGGGCUACGCGCACGGGCUGGGCUCGCUGCAGUUCCCGAGCGGCGCGUCCCCGGUGGUGUCCCGGGUGUCCAUCUACGGCGGCAGCGACCCGGCGGGGGGCCGGGCGCCGCCCCUGCCGCUGUGCUGCUACCACAACCACCUGUACGCGGAGCGCGUGGAGGUCCUGCGCGAGCGGCUGAGCACGCGCGGCGUGCGGCUGCACCUCUUCACCGAGGGUUCGUCGCGGCUGCUGGAGCUGCGGAAGCACAGCCUGUGUCGAGAGGUGAUGUUCGGCGACACGUGCCAGGACGUCGCCACGGCGCUCGGCGCCCCCUCCCGGGUCUUCUACAAGGCCGAGGACAAGAUGAAGAUACACAGCCCCAACGCCCACCGCAGGGUCGCCUCCCGCCACUCAGACUUCUUCUUCAACUACUUCACGCUUGGCAUGGACAUUCUCUUUGACGCACGUACGCACGCAGUCAAGAAGUUUGUCUUGCACACCAACUUCCCUGGCCACUACAACUUCAACAUGUACCAUCGAUGUGAAUUUCAUCUUACCUUGCCACCUGACGUGAGGCACGCCAGUGAAAACAACAAGCUGAUAGAUGUCUCCCCUGUACCUGUGAUGAUAUCCGCCUACACGAAGUGGGACGCGAUAUCGGAGCAGCUCAAGCCGAGCGAGAGGCCAGUCGUUCUCAACAGGGCCAGUUCAACCAACACGACCAAUCCAUUUGGUUCCACCUUUUGCUACGGCUAUCAGGAUAUCAUUUUUGAGGUGAUGCCCAACAGCUACAUAGCGUCGUUAACGCUGUACACGGAGGAGCGGCCGAACCCUGACGUAUGACGAUGGCUUUCUGCCACCUACCUCGUGCUACAGGGAAGGUACUGGCAGUUCUGACAACCUUCGCCCUCCGACGUCAGACGAAUGCUAGCAAAGCAGGCUGUCCCGUGAGUAACCGCGCACCUUCACAGGAGAAACACCCCUCACGCUCCGCAGAAACAAGUCUGGGAACACUCCGCAGUUUUGGCUUGGCGUUCGGGAAGAUCGGUUUUCUGUAGUGUCCCGUGCAUGGCUCUUCUUUACAUUGCACCUCGUUUGAAAACCACUCGGAAAAAAAAGAAAGUGUGAUUCGUGGAAGUUGUGCUAAUUUCUAUAAAUAAGGAUACUGUGUUUGUUUUAAUAGUUAAAUAUGAAUACGGUUUUUUCAAAGCUAGAGGAUUUUAAAAAUUGUCUUUUAACUAGUUGUAGUCUGAAAAUUGUAAUAUUUUGAAAGUCAUUUUUUUGUUUAUAGUCAUCUUAAAAAUAAUAUUGUACUAUUGUAUUUUUAACAUAUACAUUUUUUAUAUUUUGAAACAAAACUAAUUAAUAUGAAUUCUAUGAAUUUACUUCCCUGUCAUAUUUAUGUGGGCAUUGUGUUAAUGUUUCUAAAUGUGUACUGUAUUUAAGCUUCAGAAGUAAUUAAACAUAUUAUCUUUGAUUAUUAAUUUAAUAAUUAGUUCUUAUAAUUUUUUGUUUGUUUUGCAUAAAUGUAGCAUGUGAUAUAUUUUUCAACUUUGCUUAUAUUGUUUGUUUGAAUAUACUUAAAGACAUAGUCUGGGGCACUAUUUAUCUCUAUUAUUUGAAGUUUGGGAGUGUAUGAAAUUGUUGUCAAGUAGGACAAAAAUGCUAGUGUCAGAAUCCAAAAUUAUUUAUAUUUUUGAUACACAAUUUUUGUAUCACAUAUGUUACAGAACAGUUUUUUUUCUCCACAUGAUUCAUUUAGCAACUUUUUAAGUGAAAUUAUUUUAGUGUGUUAACUUUUUUUUUACAGUUAAUUCUGUGACCUAUAGCCAUUUGGUUUGAACUGUAAACUCAAAAAGCAAAAUGUAGCGUAAAAUCUUUAAUGGAAUAGAUUGUGUGUUGUGAUCUAUUACAUAGUACGGGAAAGGCUCUCUGGAGCGAUUCAUGACCACGGAAAUGCUGGAUAGAUGAUUUUGCAGUUUAUCGAACAUCAAUAUAGUUUUAACAGUAAUACCAAAGAGCAAUUAAUACACAGUACACCUAUCCCUCACUUAGCACUGCUUCAGAUUGUGCGAAUUCAUUUAGCACGAUUUUAAUUUUACUGCCCCAGUCUCAAAUAGCACGUCUGUAAACUUCUGUUAGCACGAAAUCUCGGCAGGCAAAAAAAAAUCGAGCACGACGCCACAAAGUCUGUUUCAACUUCUGUGAACAUGUGCUCUGGGAUACAGUUAGCCAAACAAGGGGGGAAGAGAAUCACGCGCAGGUCUGUCUACGCUAUUGGCUGUUGUACAAACAUCAGCUGUGGCAAGUUGAAUUGCGACAGUAAUAUUGGUUUCACUUUCAGUAAAGGAUGGUUUGGAAAGGUACGUGACGUGAGUUGAAGGUCAUGCUCAGGCGGGCAAGUCAGCAAGCCGACUGACGAUAAAGUACAUAACCACGUAUCUCCCGUUAUGCGGUGUCGUAUUUGUCAUACAAAGUGCGAUGAGAGGCAUAUAAAGAUAAAUGGUGUGACAUUUUUAUAGUUGAGUGUUAUUCAACGCAUUUACAUUACAUAAAGUAGGUAUAUUCCUGCACAAUUUUGGAACACAUGAAAUAAAUUAGCCUUGCUAUUUAUGGAAACUAAUGCUUCAGAAUACGCGAUUUCGAAUAACACAAGCAUUUUUAGGAACGAAUUAGUCGUGCUAAGUGAGGGAUAGGUGUAUAUAGUAUUAAAAAAUGUUUUGGUAAGCUGCUCGAUACUAGAACAAUACGUGUGAACAUUGAGCUUACUGCAGGCAAUGGAGGGGCACAGCCUGGCUGUCGGAGUCAACAAACACCCAAAUCCACCUGCAAAAACUCCAACGUGAGCAGCUUGAUCAGUGCCGGAUACAAGAGCACCAACCAUAGCAGUUAAAUUACUUUGCGCUGGCUACAGGAUUGGCCGUUUCACUCAGACUCAUUCAUUCUGUGGCAUGGUUUGCAACUUUGUUUGCCGUGAGGUGACCGUGACCAUCAGUUUUAUUUGUCGUGGAUGGCGUUAACAUUUUAUGUUGCUUUUCAAGUUUAAAUUUGUGUUAAAAUUAAUAAUAAAAAAAGCACGUAUAACUCAGUACACGUGAUAUAAGUGAAAUUUCUUUGGCAAGUCAAAGAUGGGAAGUAGUUUGAAUGUCCGAGGGAACAUUUACUCUGACUUAAAUAAGCAAAACAUGUGUAUUUUAAAUAAAUAUUUUAAUCUGUCAUGUGAAAAUAAAGUAAUAAGAGGUGCAUAGUCAAGUUGGGAAAUGUAAUGAACUUUUUGAGUCCACUUGGGUUGAACGUUUCGUCGUUAAAAACUAUAUACUAAAAUAAUGGUAAUUUUUAUUGUGUUUUGGAAGUCAAAAAAAAUUUUUUUGUUAUAUGAGCAAAAUUUUAUUUAAAUUCUGUUUUUUGUUUCAAGAACUUACCUGCAUUUUGGCGCAACAGUGUAACAACUUACAUUCCUGUUCUUUGAAUGAUUGUUGCGUUGGGUAAGAAUGAUUUAAAACAUUAUUGUGGACACACACUGUUCUAGUUCUCCUUGUGGCCUAGAGAAAACCUGGAGAACGGCGAAAGAAACAAGAUUACACAUAGGCACAGAAAAACAAGCCAAACAUUUGGCAAUGGCUGAUUUUGGCUUGUUUUUCUGUGUGUUUGGGUAUUCGUCUUUCUUCAGGUUUUCUCUGACAUACAGUGUAAACUAGCAUUGGUGUGUGUCCAAAAUAAUGUUUUGAAUUUAAUUUUUGUGUUACGUGGUGUAUUCUCACACAUUGCUGUGUUAUUUCAGUUUUAUUUUAAUUUACUAUAAAAUCUUGGUUUCAAUCGUGGAACAUGCAGAUACUGUUGAGUACGUCUCAACUUUAAUUUUGACUCUGUCAGGAAUGAAUUCAUGAUACGUAUCCAAUCAACAUUCUGGCAGAGCUCUGUAGGCCAUGUCGUAGCCUCAGCAGCUCUGCAGGAACAAAAACACACCUCGUCGUUGAGUGUUGAAUGUGGCGCUGUUGCCUGAUUUUGGGGAUAGGCCAAUCAAAUCCUCAAAUACCAUAAAAAUGUUUGUAUGUGUAAGAUUUUAUAUUUAAAAAAAAAAAAAUUGAAAAAAAAAUUUAGGAAGGAAAAUUUAAAACAAACACCUGUGUACUUGAAAAGGACUACAUUGUCUCUACAAAAACAAUUAAAGCAGUUUUUGUAUUGGCCACCAGCUCUGUUGUCCCGGGAAGGUGGUUCAUCUCUGCCGGGAACAUCUGUCACACAAAACAAAGUUGUUUGCAUCCUAAACAUGUAAAAAUUCUCCUCAAAAUAAAAAUAUUAAUGGUUCGGAUGUUUCUUCAAAACUUAAAUUUCCAUGUUUUUUUUUCUUAUAUGGUAUUUCAUUCCUGAUUCUAGAGAAGUAUGUUCAAAUUUGGGGCAGUCUAAUAAGAAUCAAAUUUGAGAUUCAGAUUUUAAGAAAAGUGGUUUCAACGCAUCAUUUCAAAAUUUAAAUAAUUAUAUUACUUUUAGCUGUUACAAUUUUUGAGAGCUGAUUUAAGUGUUUCAGAUUUUAAAAAAAAUGUUUUUUUGAGUUUACAGUUUUUAAACAAUGUUACUAGUUUAAAAAUGAUUUUUAUGAAGUUACGAAAUAAGGGCAUUUAAGUUAAAUCCAAAAUAUCAUUUGAUUAAAACUUUUUUUUUUAGCAUUACUUAAUUUAUUAUUUGUUUUUUUUUUUUGUGCAGAAUCAAUUUUUGGUUUUAGUCAAUUUUUCAGAUAAAGUAUGUGUGUGUGUGUCUCUUCUACUGUACCGAUUAUAUUAUUUUUGUUUUGUUGUUUGGAUGCCUUCCCCUUCCCCUCCCUCCCUCCCUCCUCCUUCCCCUCCCUCCUUCCCCUCCCUCCACAGUUAAAAUAGUGAUUUAGCUUUUAGCGGGUUGCAUUAGGUUUGACUCGUGAGAUUUUUCUGUGUUACUACAUCUUGCUAUAAUCUGAUAUUAUAUGAUGAAAGGGUGGUGUUUCAUCAUUUCAAAUACAAAUAACACAUCAUCAUUACGGAGUGAAACUUCACACCAGAUGCAUUGAAAAUGAAAUUGAAACUCGGUUCCAAACAACUCAAAAGUACAUAGUAUUAGCAAAGUGAGUUUAAAACUGGGUCAGAACUUUCCAGAGGCUUUAUAAAUAAAAUGUUAAUAAAAAAACCAAACAAAAUAAAAAUAUAUAAAAAAAUAUUCAAGAAACCAUUAUUUUGUUUUAAGAUAAUUCUUAAUUAUAGUUUAAAUAAUACAUUUUAGACUUGAAGUUGUUUCAGAGUUAAAAUUUUUUUUAACGUUUGUUUGUAUGUUACAUGCAUGAUUAUUAUAAUCAAUGUUUAGAAAAAUAUAUCUAGAAGUGUUUUUGAAUUUUAGUAUUUUUUUUUAAUGUAAGUGUGUGUAUUUUGUUAUUUUAAAUAUAUUGUAUGUUUACUUUUAAUAAGUUAGCAUUCUUUUGCACAAACCGUGUAAGCAUCAGUUGCUUAUUUUAUCAAGCAAUUUACUUGUCAAAUCCAAAUUAAAGUAAUAUUUGUACAUUAUGGUGAGAGUUGCUUAGUGAUGUCAACUAUUAAGAAUUUUUAUGGAAUGAUCGCAGGAAAUUGAUUGGAAAAGGGUGGUUUUUUACUAAUUUUUUUUUUUUCAAAUGAUGUUAAGACAUCACAAACUAUGAAGUCUGAUUACUUGUACAUACAGUCCAGAGUUUAUAGUUUCAUGUAUGUUCAAUUUUAAAAGUUAAGUUUGAUAAUUUUUUUUGUUGGUAAUAGUGUAUGUAUUUGUAAUGCAUAAAUACACUGAAAUAUGUUAUAAUUACUCUUGAGUAUUCAAAAUGUACACACAAUCAGCUUUUCACCACAUUAAUAAAUAUAAUGUUGAGUGCAUAGUUUAGCUAAUCCCAUGCUCAAUUAAAAACAAUCAUAAAAUAGUAAAAGUUAGGAAUAAUUCUGAUUAGGCAAAAUUCCUCAAAUCAUAGAGUGCCAAAACAAUAUGAAAUAUUUUGAUUUUAUUACAACACUGAUUGCAAUUCAAGCUGUAUAUUUAAAAAAAAAAUAUGUAAGUGUAGUUGUGAAAAUUAUUUUUUACCAAACAUAAAAAUUUAUGCAUUAAAGCGCAAACAUUAGUGAUGGGCCAAUCAAAUGUUCAAAUACCUUCAAACUCUGUAUUCGAAGGAUUCAAUAUUUGAGGAAAAAUAUUUGAAGAGAAAUAUUAUAAUAAAUAAAGCAAAUUAAAAUUUCAACACUGAUAACCUCUAAAUUGACUAGGCCAGUUGUUUCUUCAUACCUAUUCUGUUACCAUUCCCCAAGAUAAUGUUAAGAUAUAAUUAUAUGUUGAUUCUGGAAACUUAGUGAAACAACCUUUUAAAGGGUAGAUUGUUUCAGUACCAUAGUUAUAAUUUUUUAUUUAUUGUAUAUUGACACUUGACACCCGGGAUUCAAACUUGAGAUUCGGAAAUAAGAAAAUUGGGAUUCAACCCAUCACUAGAAAAUAUAUAUUUUUUGUACUAACAUGCUUUAUAGUUACUAUUUGUUUAGAUACAAAUAACUAAAUGAUUUUCUUGUAGGUUAAUCAAAUGUACAGUGUAUCUAAACCAGUUCUUGACGUGAUAACAUCUUAUAAAUCGAUGAACGCCGGCUGCAUGCACGAAAAAGCAUGACUCAUUGUCACGUUCCGCCUGAGGCGAGCGUGCAAGAACAUGCCAACCACCGUGCGAGAAAAUCAUCUAUAAUAUCAAACAGGUUAAGGCGGGCUUUUUAAAAGCAGCAAUUUAAAAAAAUUUGAUUUAUUUGUCCAAUUUCGUCGUUUCAAAUUAACAAUUUAUUUACAUUGAUUUGAUUUCAGAUUAUUUCUAUAACCAAUUGUUUGUGAUUAUAUUUAAACAAAUUAUUUAAAUUAAAUUUGCAAAAACUGUAAAUAAUAUUUGAAAAUUAAAAAGUAUGAAAUUUUUCACUAAUGUUUUUUUAUGACGUUAUCACAUAAAAUUAUAGUCCGUAAACCGACUUUACAGACAACCCCCUUUUUAUUUGUGUUUCAGCCAGGUUUAGUUUUAUUGCUUGUAGGUUUUGCUGUAUCCUCCAUUUAAAUGUUUUCAUUUCACCCACUCGAGAUUCUUUCUCCAUUUGCUAGCAGUAUGUGCAAGCACAACAAACACAUUUUCCUCACUCACAGUUGCUGUAUACCUGUCAGAACUUCGAAGAUCGUACUGAAUGGUCUGGAGUUAAGUGAAACAAGUGAAAAAUCUUUCAAAAGUGAGGUUCUUUGUAAUGAGAUUCUACCAUAACGCAUUAUGUACCUCCAAGUAGGCAGAUUUUCGUAGAUUUUCAAACUUGAAAGUGAAAAAUAAAAUAAUGGAAGUAUUUUCUUUGCUGUUGACAGAUUUCACCUAUUUCCUUGAAUUUAGUGUAUGAAAAUACUAGUGAGAAGAAUGAAUAUAACUUAAUAAGUGCCCUCUGAGAAGCAACGUGGUGACAAAUCGUUAGACAGUUUCAUCAAAAAAUGGGGCAGUAACGGUUGUAACAAGCAUGAUUUUUUUUUAUUAUUAGAACUGUUGAGAAAAUUGACAUAGCAUAUCUGCAAUGUGUGUGCUGAAUUUUGUGCCUAAAUUAUGACACAGGUUAGUGCUUGGGUUUGUUUUUAAUUCACUCUGUGUGUAGCUUUAAUCUCAUUGAACAUGAAAAGUGCUGAUACUGUUUGUGGCUAAUAUUGCUGAUGCUCUUUCUUGUUUGUCCUACGCUGGUGAAAUUCAGCGGUUUUUAUAUUAAAAGUAAUUUUAAACACAUGGUAAUGUAAACAACUAACACUACAGAAGUUAAGUGGAUUUUACAUUGAAUGGUAUCUCGAAUGUAGAUUAUUUUUACUUGAGUAAGCAGGAUAUUCCGUGGAAACUUAACUACUAACUACUGUUUGAAUGGCAGCCUGUAAUAUGGUCUCUGCUACAUUUAGCCAUGACUGCUUGAGGAAAGUGAACAGGAAGUUGGUUUUUAAAGAAAAGAAGUCUGAACAAAAUUUUGAAACAUAUCUGAACAAAAGCUCAUGUAGUUUGUGUUGGUAACCAUAGAAAAACAAUUUGCCAAUACCAUGAAACAGUGAUAAGCUCUUGAUGGUCAUAACUUGUGAAGUUGUGUUCAUACUAUCGGCUUUAUUUUAAAAAAUAUUUAUAAUUCAUAUGUAUGGGUUCUGUACAGAAAGAUUGCCAUUUUAUUAUUAAACAGUAUUAUUUAUUGAAUCUUGGAGAAUUCAUGCACACAUUUCAAAAUGAUUUUCCCAGCCAUGCAACCUUUUAUUUCAAAACUCAGUACCAAACGUACUGGGUUUUAAAGUAUGUCCAGUAAUAGAAUGAGUGAAGUAUGUCAUUGCACUGUGCUUUGUUCUCGUUCAUUGUCAUUCCAUAAAAACACUGCGUGUUGUGUUGUGGAAUCUGUAUGCUACAGGGAUUUCUCAAGCAAAUUAUAUUGGACUGUAUUUAUGCUUAGUAGUAGUAGUAGUAUGUAUGCAUUACUUAAAAUGAUGGAAACAGAGCUAAAAUUGGUUUUUGUUCUGAAAGCAAUUGAUGCACUUUGCAGACAAUAUGUACCUGUUAGUGACAUACCAUAAACAAAGCUAAGAUUAUAUUUAUAGGCACUGAUUAUGCUUUUUUUUUCUUUCGUGUAAAUAAUAAAACUAUUUUGUACAAUGAGCUAAUGACGUAGUAGUGUGAAUUAUUUGUUUUGACUCUGCAUGAGUACCUACAUUUUUGUAUGUACCAAAACUGGUUGUUGAUUCCAUAAGACUUACACAAAGCCGAAGUUAGGUUCGCUGUGAUUUUUUAUCGACUUAAACGUUAAAUGUGUGUAACAUAGGACCUAAGUAGGUAGUGUUAGCUGCUGUAGUUGUAUGUUGUGGAGCAGUGUUAGGUACUUGGUGUGCGCGAGUUUUUGUCGACGGGUGUACAGUCCGCACACAUUGCUGACGUGUUUGUACUCCCGUGAUUGUUGCAGCGUGUGUGCGUCAUUGUGUGACUCGGUCAGCACUUGUCCAGGUAUCACCAUUCAUAUUGUCAGAAGAAUUUUACUCCCUUCAAAAAUUAUAUCAGUAGCUCAUUAAUAUAAAAAAUUGUUAUGAUGAAGUAUUUACCAUUUUAAUUUCCACAGCCUCACAAAUUUCAGUUUUGUGCUGACACAAAAUUGUAAUUAAAGUCUGUUUUUUCUGUCGUGUACGUUUGCACUGUUGACAUGCUUGGUUGAAGUGUUCAAAUGAAAUAUUAUUACAGUCAACUCUUGAUUCUAUGACCUUCACAAUUCCCACGAAAAUGGUUGUUAUUUCGAAGGGGUCGUCAAUUGAAUUUUGACUGAUUUGUGACCAUUGCUGUUCGCAAACCAAAAUCACAUUUUUUUUGCAUGAAGUCUGGUCAUAAAAUCUUUAUUAGCACAUAAAUGACGGGAUGUUGCGGCAAUGUUAAUUUAUUUAAUAGUCGGACGUCUUGUAAGAAAAACGAUAACCCACAAGUGCACAUAGGACCUCAUCUUGACGUCCAAAAGAAGCAUAUACAUGGCAUGUCAUGUACUUGGUACGGAACACAAACAAAGAACAUUUUCGUUGGCUUGUUACGGUAAAAGCAGAGAAAUGGUUCAGAUCCAUGACCCGGUCGUCGCGACACGGGACGAGAAGGGCGAUGCUGUGGUGUAACGAGCGAAUGGCAGGCUGCGACGUGCAGCCGGCUGCCUCGCUCCGACUGGGCCGUAGCCAGGGUUGUGUGGAGCAGGGCGUACGUUAUGACCUUUAUAGCAUUUCUUACAACUUGCAACGCUCACGUAUAGGAAUUUAAGUAAUGAUUUUGCUUGAGAAAAUAAUACAUUUUAUAUCUUUGUUUUGCAUUAAAUUAUUUUUAAUAGUUUGUUCUUAAGCGUAUUGUUUUAUGAUAUUGUCUGAACAAAUAAUAAAUACGUAAUUAUUCAAUUUAUUAAAUGCAUGGAAACACACGUCAAGUUUGUUUGAAAAAGCGUGCUCGCAGUAACACUUGUGCAAAUCAACGGUAAAUACAGACUACGUACUUUAAGACCACGAUUCCUGCCACUUCUCUGUGUGAGGUUUGUCGAGUUACAUUGGAGAGGAAACAAGUUACUUGUAGCCCACUAAGAAUUACAAUGAUCUUUCCAAAAUAAUCUCUUUGUAACCUUACGUAGCUAAGUUUCUGUAAUUUUCUUGUUCUAUCUUGGCUUGUUUUCCUUUAAAACCUGGAAGGAGGAAGAGCUCUCGCACCUCCCCUGCCUCCGAAAAUACGGCUGCUUGCGCGACCGUCGAGUCGACACCGCUUGCCUGGUGACCACGGAAAGAAUAUCAGCAUUUGUCGUUGUAGAUUUCAGAAGGAAAACUACUUCGUAUUACGUGUUGCAUAGUUCACAUCGUGUUGUGUCACACGAGGUGUGUGUGAUAGUCUCAGCCGCUGCCACCACGCGUGUCCCACUGUAUUACGUUUCUCCCCCAAGACUGGCUCUUUUUCAUCAGGAUACAGAUACGUGAAAGUUUAAAUGGCAGUAGGCAGUCACAGACAUUUGAGUUUAUAUCUGAUGGUAAAUUGUGGCAAGUAAUGAGGUUAUGAGUGGUAAAACAAUGUAAUGGAACAAAUUUGUAAAUGACGGCGCUUCUUCGUAACUGCUUAAACUGAUUCAUUCAUAUUACAUAGACUACCCUUGCUCUGGUGGUCCAGUUUUUUCAUUAUUUAUUCUCGAAAUUGCAGAACGAAUUGCACAGUCGUAUCAGCAUUCGUCAGUUUAAAUCUGCUGCAGAGUGUCUUUAUAAAUAGCAGUUGAAUAGUGGUUGGAGUUCAUCAAGUUUUAUUUUUAUAUCAUGAUUAUAAAAAAAAAACAUCUUCAUGUGACACUCCUAGGUAGUUAGAAACACGACUAUUAAGAAAAGGAGGGAAAACAUUAUAAUGCAACAAAGUUAACUUUUUGACCUAUUUCCUUCAAAUUUUUCUUAUAGUUACCAUAAAAGAGGACUGUUACGUUGAAAGGGUAGCUGUUCCUGGGAUCACAGAGUGGAAAGUUGACUGUACGUUUUACAAAGAGUAAACAUGAUGUAAUGAAGUGUGGAGUAAUUGGUUAGUUCAUAUCUCGUUAUUAAAAAGUGUCAAAAUGGUUAAUCUUUUGGAAUUUGUAUUAAUGAGGUUUUGCUGUAUUUUUCACAGAAACUGAUCAGGCCUAUUUAUGAACACAGUUAUAAAAAAAAAUCCAAUAAAAAUUUUGAUUUAUGAAAAUACUGAAAACUAAGUAAUUAGCUGGUAUAUCUUGUGGCUACAGUAACCAUCCAUUCACAGUGCAGAGGUCUGAAAAUUAUGAAAAUUAACAAAUUAAAAAUCAAUGAAUUCUGUUACAUGUCAUGAUGAAGUCGACUACAUAGUAAUUUUUAACUGAACUGUGUAAAUUUAUUCAUGUUAAAUCAUUUUAUUACACCCACACUUUUGUUUCAGUCACAUUAAAUUAUUUCUCUUCAAAUGAGAAAAAAAAUUAGUAACCAGAUAGAAAUGUAUUUAUUUAUGCCAAGAGAAGUUAUUAAAUGAAAAAAGUGUUUUGACAGCCAUUGAUUUAUAGAAAACUACGUAGUAAUACAUUUUAAAGAGAAGCUUGAUUCUUUCACCUUUACCAGGCCAAAACUUUAAUAAAGUAAAUAUGAGCAAAUGGAAAUGCCCACAUGAAUCUGCUAUUAUUCGCUAAAUUUUUUUUUCUUCGUGGUGUGCAAUUUCAGGCUUGCCUUAUGGCCACUAGAGUGGGUUCUUGUGAACGAAAGCCUCUGUUGUCCGGGAAAGCGUGGUUCCGCAACCAAGAAACCCAGAGUUAGUCUGCCUGUACUUGGUGAUUGGUAGAAGCCAGCGGCACACAAAGUGCUGCGAUACCCUUCCCACUGCCGCUGUCAACGUUAGCGUUCGUGCAUUACGUCGUCCUUUUGCCGACUCGUUUCUCUGCGUCGUUCACCGUUUUCUCUUGUUGUUUUCCUGUGUGUGUACGAGCAUGAGAGAGUGGAUGUGACGGCAAUGCCUCGGUGUGUUUCGCGCAAGAAACUCGCGCACAGUUGCGUGCAUUGUGGACGCAAGUGUGUCACCCUUGCCUCUUGUUUCAAAUUGCAGUUGUGUACAAAACAAAACAAAAAAAAUUUGAACUGAGAAUUGUUAAUGUUGUGCAGUUAUUAAUGUUUAUGAAUUGGCAAAAUUUGUUAUGUUUAAUGAACAAUUGAAAGCAAAAUAUAUUGUUUUUGUUGAUGGGACCAGCAUGGAACUUGCAACUAGGAUUUCAUUUCUUCCAUCCUGCCAUAACUGCCUGCCAUCGUCAUUCGUCCUGUUUGCCGUUCUCCAUUCUCCAGUUCUCCAUGCAUAUGUGAUUACUCGACUCCUCUCCACUUUCCUUCCUCUCUCUCCGUGUUUGUAUGCCGUGAUUCAUUUUUUAAUGCAUAUUUAUGUAAAUAUACUUGCAUAUUAUUAUGUGGUGAAUUGUAACCAUUGCCAUUCUAUAAACUUAUAACUUUGUAAAUGUAUGUGCAAAAUACUAAUUAUGUACGUAUUUACUAUUUAUAUUUGUUAAAUGUGUGGAUCUCAGUAGCUAUUAAUUUAUGGAUUGCUGUGUAAAUAAAUGCUAGAACAGACUUGUCACGUUUACAGAAUGAAUUGUAUCUGUUGAAUGUUUUUGUAAGCCAACCAAAAUAGUCUUGUAUUGUGAUUAAAAGUCUCAAGUGAUUAAAAUAAACUCGUGGAAUAGGAGUAGGUAUGAAUAUUAAAGUUCGCUAGUAACUGUACUGAAUAAUAAGUUAGUAAAUAUGUGUGCAUGCAUGUGUUUGUGUUGGAAAUGUGGUUCGCUCAUGGUACUCCCGGCCUUUUUUUCUUUAUCAGUAUUGUAUAGUUCUCAAAAUUAUGUAUUCCUUUUUCAUAAGUUUGCUUGCUGGCUCUUAGUUUUGUGUUGUUUUAAUUGUUUUUGUAUGAGAGUAUGGUUUCACCAAUAAAAUCAGUUAUGGCAGGAAGAAGAAAAAACUAAAGUAAAUGUGUGGUUUUUCUGUUGACAUAGCAUGCAAUAAUGUGUAAGUUAACUAUGUCACAUUUUUUGUAUUUGAUUUGGUAAAAAAGUGUUCUAAUGUAUUCUAUGAUAAUUGUUUUUUCUCAGAAAAGAACUUAUAUUUAAGGCUUAAAUUAAUUAUAGAUUUAUUAACGAUUAACAGGGCAUUAGUUACAUCCUGCCAUCAUGGUAUGUAAAUUUAAUUCAAUUUAAAGCCUGUAAAUGUACUUGUGGAGAGAUAGUCAUACUAAAUUCAUUUGGUUGUAAAUUUUAGUGCCAAGCAAACAGCUAAGAUUUUGGUUGGAUGUUAACGAAAACAGGAUAAUGCUUUGCAGAAAGCUCUGAAAAUGUUUUUGCUUGUGAACAGCCAUACAUUGUAUUUCUCAACCAUAAAUCCUACAAGAAGUUGGUUCCUUGUUAGCAGCUCAGUUGCUGCUGAGAAGGUUGUGAGUAGCAUGGGCGAGUUACAGCGUAUCAGACCUGCUAUUUACAUGUUUUGUAAUCAUUACAGGGAAAAAUGUGUUUGUGAUUUAGUCACCAUUUGAAGAGUGUAGAAUUUAUACUUAUGAGUAUUUAUCAUACAGUUUAGUGAGAUUGGAAUAAAUUGGUAAAAAAAAAAAGUACUAACAGCGAUGGGAAGAUAAAUAAAUUGCAUUUUAGUUGAUAUAAACACCUGCUAUUUUUGGCUAACUUAGAAAAGAUUUUUUUUUAUUACAGGCAAAGUUGUUAUGAAAUUAUUUUUAUGUACGGUUCUCUCAACAAAAAUAAAGCAAAAAGCUUA